AUGUCGAACCAAUACAUCAACGCCGUGUACUAUCCCUCGUGGCGCUGCUACAAAGAGCGCCCUCCUUCAUGCCUGGACACUGCUUCAAUCACUCACAUAUUCUACGCCUUUGUUGGUGUUAACGAGGAUGGCACACUUCGAUCCAUCGAUGAUUGGGCCGACAACAAUAAAGUAGUUGAUGGCGAAAAAGGCUGUCUCGCGGCACUUCGCAAGCUGAAAGGCCAGCACCCUCAUAUAAAGACACUCGUCUCGAUCGGUGGUGGUUCUAGCAGUAAGGAAUUUCCUGCACUUGCAGCAAGCAAACCAGCGAGACAAACUUUUGCUCGCCAGAUCAAGGAAUUUUGUGAUACCCAUCACUUCGACGGAGUUGACAUCGACUGGGAGCACCCUCAGACUCCAGAAGCUGGGAAGAACUAUGUUCUUUACCUCCAGGCCAUCCGACAGAUCAUGCCGGCUCCCAAGUACCUGCUGACAAGCGCUCUCCCCACUGGCGAGUACUGCCUCAAGCAUCUCAACCUACCGGUUGUAGCCCAAUUGCUCGACUUCCUCAACCUCAUGGGCUAUGAUUUCACAGGCGGAUGGACCGACGUCUGUGGCCAUCACGCACAGCUUCUGCCUCCAAGCAACAACCUUAAUGAGGUGUAUCCCACCCUUCGCAAGUCAUGCCAGCGUGGCGUAGACUACUUGACCUCGCAGGGUUUUCCCAGCCGUAAGAUCAUCCUCGGCAUUCCCGUAUAUGCCAGAUAUUUUGGACAGGCUCGUGGACCAGGACAUCCUUUCAAGGGCUCGGGCGAGAUUGACUACUGCGAUUUACCCGAUGAUUGGGUAGCAGGCGCAAAAGUCGAUGAAUCCGUUGCAGCGGCAUCCUUUGUCGAUACUAAAGGAGACAAAGGCUUUGUCUCUUUGGAUGUUCCUAGCACGGUUUGCGUUAAGGCGAGGUAUGCCAAAGCAAUGGGCCUGGGCGGUCUGUUUUACUGGACGGGUGCUGGUGAUCGAGCAGGCCAUCAGAGUUUGGUAGCUGCGGGAUGGAACACCCUUCAUUACGAGUAG